AUGACUUGUACCAGUGUCCUGACUGCAAUGGUGGCAGCCUCCCCAUCCUUGCCCACCCUGAGUCCCAUCUGGGGCCUGCCAUUUGACUCCUGCAGUGGGCAGAGACACUGGAGAAUGCCAAAAUGCCCAAAGGCACAAGAAGGCACCAUCAUGGAAGUGAGCUGUGCUUCUCAGAGACACGCACAUCCCGGGACCAGGCUCAACUGCUACAUCCCGAGUGAAGCUGGAAAAACAAGCAACCCUGAGAAUUGGCCUACACUAAGUUCAAGGUGUCUGAGCCUUCAGUAUUUUCUGUGGUUGAAAUACAAAACUCACUUGACUGCUGUUUUGAAUGCUCGGGGAGCAGCUGUGCUUACUUCAGGGUUUCCCAGUGUGUGCUACCACCCCAUAGAAAGUUCGAUGCACAUGGAUAUGAGCCUUCUGAGGCCCCAGAACUAUCUUUUCAGAUGUGAACUCAAAGCUGAUAAAGAUUAUCACUUUAAGGUGGAUAAUGAUGGAAAUGAGCGCCAAUUAUGUUUACAAAGUUUAGGAGCUGGUAAAGAGGAUGAAUUGUACAUUGUUGAAGCAGAGGCAAUGAAUUAUGAAGGCAGUCCAAUUAAAGUAACACUGGCAACUUUGAAAAUGUCUGUACAGCCAAUGGCUGUCACUGGUGCCUUUGAAAUAAUUCCACCUGUGGUCUUAUGGUUGAAGUGUAGUUCAGGGCCUGUACAUAUUACUGGACAGUGCUUAGUAGCUGCAGAGGAAGAUGCAGAGUCAGGAGAUGAAGAGGAGGAGGAUGUGAAACUCCUAAGUAUGUCUGGGAAGAGUUCUGCCCUGGGAAGUGGUAGCAAGUUUCACAGAAAAAAAGUAAAAUGUGCUGCUGAUGAAGAUGAUGAUGAGAGCAAUGAUGAUAAUAAAGAUGAAGAUGAUGAUGAUGAUUUUGAGGAUGAAGAAGCUGAAGAAAAACUCCAAUCAAAAGGUCAACAAUCCUUCAAAAAACAGGAAAAAAAAACUCCUCAUACAACAAAAGGACCUCGUUCUACAGAAGACCUUAAAGCCGAAAUGCAAGCAAGUAUAGAAAAAGGUGGUUCACUUCCCAAAGUAGAAGUCAAAUUCAACAAUUUUGUGAACAACUGCUUCCAGAUGACUGAGCAGGAAGCUAUUCAAGAUCUCUGGCACUGGAGGAAGUCUCUUUAAGAAAAUAGUUUAAACAGUUUGUUAAA